AUGGCUGAAGUCAAUACACCGUCAGCUGCCCAACUUCUCAGACGGACAGAGCGGCUCUCUGUGCAGAGCGCAAGGAGGACGUCUGCAAUACGAGGCUCUGGAGUUUUCGAAUCGACCAACAGAAGAAGAUCAACACUUUUGACUACCCCAGCCAGUAACCGUCGCCAGAGUCUUUUCAGCAAUGUCAUUGCCCCUGCGUCAUCUCAGCUGGCUACACAUUUUUCCCAACAACAGCAUAGAGGCGCCCCGGCCAAAGUAAUCGAUCUCCGACCGCUCCAUGAUAAAACGUAUUUGGAGAUGCUAAUGGGAGAGAUUUACGAUUUCUUGGUGGCCAACCGAUUCGAGCUUGAAAUGAACCAUGCAGUAUCCAGAAGAACGCUCCAGCUGCCGACACAAAAAGAGUUCGUGUUGAUGUUCCAGUUUCUUUAUCAUAAAUUAGACCCGCAUUUCACAUUCACUAGAUCCCUAGAAACAGACGUGAUAACAGUCCUUCGAGCGUGGGAGUACCCUUACACCGACCAGUUGAGUCGAACACAUAUCAGCUCUGUGGGACAGGCGUGGCCAAAAUUUUUGGCGAUGUUAUACUGGCUAAUGAAGCUCAACUUGGCUCUUCUGGGGCUCACCGAGGAAGACAUGAUAGCAUCCGAUGAUCCAUUCGAUCGCUUAUUUAUACGAUACACUCAUGAGUGCUAUGGCGCCUACAUUAGCCAGAAAGAAGACUAUCUGGGUUUCUAUAAAGAUCUAGAGACGGAGUUUAAUGAGAUGACGGCCAAGACGGAACGCGACCAGCAGGAAAGAAAGCAGCGGUUAGCUAACCUACAUAAUGAGCUUGAAAACCUCAAUGGAAGAUUGACACAACUCGAUCGUGCACAGGAAAAGUCUAGGGCUUUAGAGAAUGACCUCCAGACCUUUUCAGAGUACAAGAACACAUUGGAGGCUCACAAGAAGAAAUGGCCUGACACGUUACAUCGCCUAGAAAACGAAAUAACAGCUUUCAAAGAAAAGCUAGAAGAAUUCAAGAGAGAAAAGAAGAAUUACCAGGAUCAGUUGACCGCACGAGGACUCUCGGUGGAAACAAUCGAUAAUCUGAACAUCGAGAGAGACAAGCUUUCCAAAGCAAUUGAGUACAGCGAGAACAAAUUGAGGGAUAUCCAGCAGAGUCUCUUUGACCAGGAAAUCCAGCUAAAUCUGUGCAUCGACAGUCUCAAAAAUCUAGUCGAUCAAUAUAACUUCUCCACUAGGAGAAUUCCCGUUGAAGAAUAUCUGUUUGAGUUGGCCGUGAAGCCGGAAUUGACUGAUAGUGAAAGAGAGUUCAAGCCUGAUGAAGUGUUGACCAAGACUCUACCGGACGAGAAGGUUAAACUAUUACAAUGUCGCUCUGCACUAACGCAGGAACUUCGUAGUAAACGGGAGCAAAGGCUGAAGCUACAAGACGAAUUGGACCGUCUAUUCGAAAAGACAUUUGAAAAAAAUGAACUUCUCGAGGAUCUAAAACAGAAGUGCCAUAAAAAGGUACUGCAAUACUCGGAAGAAUACGACUUCAUGAUGACAGAUAGUAAGAAAUACUCUGCGCAGAUUGAAGCUCUCGACACAGAAUUGCAGACACUUCGGCUUCGAGUCAACACGGGCAUCAUUGAGGCCGAAAGCACUGUCAAGAGUCUCAGUGUAAAGAAGCUGGAGACCGAGUACCGCAUUAAAGAAGAAAGGGAGAACCUUCACAAGGAGGUGCUGACCAUAAUAGACCUGGUUCUUAACUUCAAGUCAGCGAUACAAGAGGGACUCGAGGAGCUUGACUUGCUCGCUUACCAAGAGCUCCAGGCACAGGAAGAUUGA